AUCACAGUCUCUGGUGUGUUUGUGCGUGUGUGCCCGUCCCUCAUGAAUCAGAUUAGAAUGCAAUUUAAACCUACAUCGCAGCCACGUAGGCCUGUCGAUCAUAGCAUAACGUUAAAACGUUCAACCGGGCUGCAUAUAAUGCAUUCCUCUAGCCUAACACCAUCUGCUUCUGACCUGUAAGGGAAACCAAUCCAGCCAAUUUUCAUUCGGAUUUGGUGUUUGGUGAGGUGCCAGCAUCACAUAGCAUGGAGGCAAAGAGGAAGAAGAUUUAAUACAUUAACAUUCACUGUGGGGAAAAGUAACUUAUUAUGAUAGCUGGAAAGUUAUGCCAACAAUGUCACCAGACAGCAAUGCACAUGUCCCGCUGUGAGACUCGGUGAAUGAAGUGGAACAGCACUGUCUGUCAAACACCGCAGUCUCCUUCUGCUCUACUGCUGGAAUCUGCCUGCAUGCGACUCUCUCCCUGUAUCUCUCUGAGCCUGCGAUCCACUGAGUGCCUCUACUAUUCUCUUGUCUCAGCAUCACUCAGUUCCAGCCCCUGAGCACUGAACACAGGGCAGCAUGUGAGUGGCAGCAGAAUUGAGCAGCCUCACGUCCUCCCGAACACACACAGGAACACCAGCUCAUCCCCCGGCCGUCACUUAGAGUCACACGCACACAUACUUACGCUCACACUCAGACACACACACUUUCAGACUCAGAGAGACACACAUUCACUCACAUUCACAUACAAACGCUCAGGAGCCAGCCAUGGCGAAGGGAAAGAGGGUACCCCAUACCCCAGCAGGAAAACUCUUCAAGCCCCCAGAGCCAGCUUUCAACAAGCCCCCCCACCAGACUGUGCUGGACCAGAGGCUGUCUUUCUGCAGUAAACUGUGUUUCGCCAUCGGAGGAGCCCCCAAUCAGGUGGCCGGCAGUGCUACGGCAUUCUUCCUCCAAAUCUACCUGCUGGAUGUGGCCCAGAUCAACCCGUUCCAGGCCUCCAUGGUUCUGUUCAUAGGGAAGGCAUGGGGAGCCAUGACCGACCCUGUUGUAGGCUUCUUCAUCACCAAGAGCAAGUGGACCAGGAUAGGCAGACUCAUGCCCUGGAUGGUGGGCUGUACUCCGUUUGUGGUGGUCUCCUACUUCUACCUUUGGUUUGUUCCUCCCUUCACAAACGGACGUUUCAUCUGGUACCUGGGCUUCUACUGCCUCUACCAGACACUCAUCACUUGUUUCCAUGUGCCUUACUCUGCCCUCACCAUGUUCCUCAGUGCGGACCAGAAGGAGAGAGACUCAGCCACAGCCUAUCGUAUGACCCUGGAGGUGUUGGGUACUCUAGUUGGCGCAGCCAUCCAGGGUCAGAUUGUGGCGAGCGCCCACACCCUGAAGCACUGCCCCCACCACAACAUGUCCACCGGUCACCUAGGCAAUGGCAGCGGGGCCGAGAUCGUCAAAAGAAUCGUUCACUCCCAGGACUUCCUGUCACAUGCUAAGGAGGUGUAUAUGAUUGCUGCAGGUGUGAUAGGAGGAGUGUUUCUCAUCUGCACUGUGGUCAUGUUCCUGGGAGUCAAAGAGAGAGAUGAUCCGUACAUUUCGAAGACGGAGAAGCAGAUCCCGUUCCACAAGGGCUUCAUCCUGGUGAUGCGACACAGUCCCUACCUCAGUUUGACUGCUGCCUUCCUCUUCAUCUCUGUUGCCAUUCAGUUGGUGCAGAGCAACUUUGUCCUUUUCUGUACGUACGCAGUUGACUUGAGAGACCACUUCCAGAACAUUGUACUGACCAUCCUGGUAUCUGCAGUAGUGAGCAUCCCUCUGUGGCAGUGGUUUUUGGAGAGGUUUGGCAAGAAGACGGCAGCCUUCUGUGGCAUCACGUGGAUCAUGCCGUUCACCGUGAUGCUGGUGUUCAUCCCUAACCUGGUCGUAGCCUACGUAGUGGCUGUCUCUUCUGGACUCAGUGUGGCCGCUUCACUCCUCUUACCAUGGUCGAUGCUGCCAGACGUGGUGGAUGACUUCCGUCUGGCCAACCCCCACUGUAAAGGCUUUGAGGCCAUCUUCUACUCCUUCUACGUGUUCUUCACCAAGUUCGCUGCCGGCAUCUCCCUGGGAGUGUCCACCCUCUGCCUCGAGUUCGCGGGUUAUGACACAGGGGCGUGCAGGCAGCCUGCUCAAGUAGCCUACACUCUGAAGUUGCUCAUCGGCGCCGCCCCGGUGGCCUUCAUUGUAACAGGCCUGCUGAUACUGCUGCUCUACCCCAUCAGUGAGGAUGUCCGGCUCAGGAAUAAACUCUGUCUGGAAGAGCUACGGAAACAAGGCAACAUCAGCUCCAGAACGCUGGAGGAUCUGAGUAACGCAUGACCAGGGACAGACAGGAGAAGUUCCACAUGCGGCAGGUUCCAGUUCUCAGACUGGAAUAUGACGUCCAUUAGUGUAUAUUACACUGAGAAAUGAUAUAAUGGUAGUUAUGUUUUCCUGUAAACAUUAAGUUUGUUUCUGUAUUUUCACAUGAACGUGUACUGUAUAGCCAUCUUAAAUAUACCUACAAGAUUAUCUAAUUUAUAUAAAUGAAUGUAUAUCACUAUUUGCUGUGUUUAGCCAGACAUUGCUGGUAUUUAAGAAUGGUAUCUGAAUAUGAUGGUUUGAUUACAAAUGGGCUUAAUAAAUGCUGUUGGUUAGUAGAUGGA